AUGCUGACAUUCACCAACGUCACUUGGCUGGACCUAUGUCUUGCCAGUGCCGGAGUGUAUCUGGUCAAGCAGGCAUUCAGCAAGAAGAACCCUGCACCAUAUCCCCCUGGACCUCCGGGGUGGCCUCUCAUUGGGAACGUCUCGGACAUACCUUACAUCAAGGCCUGGCUCACCUUUGCCAAGUGGGGCAAGAAAUAUGGUGACAUCUCGCAUGUCGAGGUUCUGGGUCAGCACAUCAUUGUACUGAACUCUGUCAAGACAGCGAUGGAAUUGCUAGACAAAAAAAGCUCUAUGUACUCUGACCGUCCAGUUCUUCAAAUGGGUGGUGAACUUGUUGGCUGGAAGCACUCUUUGGGUCUUCUCUCUUAUGGUGAUCGCUUUCGCUGUUACCGCAAGAACAUCCACCGCGCCAUUGGAAAUCGCGCCGCCAUGAAUAUUUACGACCCAAUCGAGGAGAUCGAGACUCACCGAUUCCUGCAGCGCAUAUUUGCAAAACCCGAGCAACUGCAAGCACAUAUUCGACACACCGCUGGCGCUAUUAUUCUGCGAAUUUCCUAUGGAUAUGACGUGAAGGAGGGUGAUGAUCCCUUCGUCGACCUUGCAGACCGCGCUAUGGACCAGUUAUCGCGGUCCACCACUACUGGUGCCUUCAUGGUUGAUAUCAUACCGUGGUUGGCCAAGGUUCCCGAGUGGUUUCCUGGCGCUGGAUUCAAGCGCUUGGCCCGUGAAUGGCAUCAGACCCUCGAAGAGAUGGUCGAUACACCAUACAAAUUCAUCAAGGAUCAGAUGGCUGCUGGAAUUGCCCCAGUGUCCUUCACCUCGAAUCUGUUGGAAGGCCGUACUACUUUAUCUGCGGAAGAAGAUCACAUGGUGAAAUGGUCUGCUCUAGCCCUAUACUCCGGUGGUGCCGACACGACAGUUUCUACAAUCUAUUCGCUUUUCCUGGCGAUGACAAUUUUCCCUGAUGUGCAAAAGAAGGCUCAGACCGCGACUUCCCUCCCCUAUACUGAGGCGCUUGUGAAGGAAGUCCUGCGCUGGAAUGUUGUCGCCCCUACAGGUAUCAUCCACUGCGUCUCUGAGGACGAUAUGCAUGAUGGGUACUACAUUCCGAAAGGCUCCUUGAUCAUACCUAACAUCUGGUUCAUGCUUAAUGACCCGCAGACAUAUGCUAACCCCUCACAAUUCAACCCUGAACGCUUCUUGGACAAUAACGGAAAAGAUCCCGAACUCGAACCUCGCACAAUCUGCUUUGGUUUUGGUAGACGUAUCUGCCCCGGUCUCCACCUCGCUGAUGCCUCUGUCUGGAUAUCCACCGCGAUGUCACUCGCAGUGUUUGAUAUCUCCAAGGUCGUCGAGCAGGGUGUCGAGAUCACCCCUGAAGUUGACCCUACAUCAGGCACGAUCAGCCAUCCCAAACCCUUCAAGUGCUCUAUUAAGCCUCGUUCUGUGAAAGCCAUUGCGCUCAUUCAGCAGGAUGUUAACUAUUAAGGGCAAACAACUCAAACUCUAAUCGAAUCUGAGAUUUACCACAUGUACUUGGCGCGCAGUUAUUAAAGCGAGUCAAGAUAGUCGUCCAGGGGCUAGGGAACUCUUG